AUGGAGGACUUGUCCCAAAGUGAGGACAUCAUAAAAGAAACAUCAAUAGUGAAAGGGAGAAGCGGGUCCUCUUCGGACGAAAGAGGGCUGAGCAGCUGGGAUUUUGAGUUCCUCAAAGCCCUUAAUUUUCACCGACCCUCCCAGACCGAGAAGCCGGACUGGCGGGACUGGAAGGAGAAACCGGCCAAGACUCUGUUUUCGGCUAAUGGAAUAAUUAAUUUCAGCUGUCAGAGACCGGGACACCUCAUCAGGGACUGUGUUGAACCCUAUCCCUCCCGCCAACCCGCCAACCGUCAACCCCCACCCACCCUGCCAACCAACCCCCCACCAGCUCCCCACCGGCCUCCUACCAGCCCACCACCGGCCCCCCACCAGCCUCCUACCAGCCCACCACCGGCCCCCCACCAGCCUCCUACCAGCCCACCACCGGCUCUCCACCAGCCUCCUACCAGCCCACCACCGGCCCCCCACCAGUCUCCUACCAGCCCACCACCGGCUCCCCACCAGCCUCCUACCAGCCCACCACCGGCCCCCCACCAGCCUCCUACCAGCCCACCACCGGCCCCCCACCAGCCUCCUACCAGCCCACCACCGGCCCCCCACCUGCCUCCUACCAGCCCACCACCGGCCCCCCACCAGCCUCCUACCAGCCCACCAUCGGCCCCCCACCAGCCUCCUACCAGCCCACCACCGGCCCCCCACCAGCCUCCUACCAGCCCACCACCGGCCCUCCACCAGCCUCCUACCAGCCCACCACCGGCCCCCCACCAGCCUCCUACCAGCCCACCACCGGCCCCCCACCAGCCUCCUACCAGCCCACCACCGGCCCUCCACCAGCCUCCUACCAGCCCACCACCGGCCCCCACCAGACUCCUACCAGCCCACCACCGGCUCCCCACCAGCCUCAUACCAGCCCACCACCGGCCCUCCACCAGCCUCCUACCAGCCCACCACCGGCCCCCACCAGCCUCCUACCAGCCCACCACCGGCCCCCCGCCAGCCUCCUUCCAGCCCCCCACCAACACCACCUGGCACUAG